AUGCUGAAUACGCUUUUAAUAGCAUAUCAGAAUGAAAAGGGAACGAAAGCACUGCUUCCAUCACUUCGAGAACUUCCUGAAAUCAUUGAAAUUAUAACAAAAAGAUUCGAAACAAUAAAAUUGAGUAUUGGAGUGAGAAGGCACAUUCUUGAGUUGGAGCUCGAAAGAAUCAAGUUCAUUGCAAAGGAAUAUGUACAUACUCGUAUGCAGAAAAUACUUUCAGAUUUUAAUGGAGAUGUCAAGUUACUUUCUGACAGUGAAACACGCCUGUAUUCUGCAUAUGUAGACCUCAAUAAGCAACGAGGAAUUUAUAUCAACUGCCAAUCUGCUCAAUAUUAUGAUGAAUACGUAGGAUUUUGCUGUCUUGAUAAUGUUGGAAACAUACUUAUUGAUGGCGUGCCAUUGAAUAUGGUCAAAGGCGAUGUAUUUGUUGCAUCACUUAGCAAUAUCAAAGAAUUACUUAUCAAAGGGCAGGUUAUGCUGUUCUGA